AUGCCUCCCCUGGAGUCAUUCAGAUUGACCAAGGAAGCGGCAAAGCACAGGGUGAAGGACAAUGUUCUCAUUGUGACAUUCGGAAACUAUGCCUUCAUGGAUUUUAUUUUGACUUGGGUCAAACACUUGACGGAUGUCAAUGUCAGCAAUCUUCUUGUCGGUAAUGUUACUUUUUAUUACCCUUUAUGCUUGCCUAUUAGAAUUCUUCCUCAGCGUAUCAGGGGAAACGAGUUGAAGGAAUUGAAGGUUGCCUUUUUUUAUUUAACAGGUGCUAUGGACAUCAAGCUCUUGGAAGCACUUUAUUGGACAGGAAUCCCUGUUUAUGAUAUGGGCAGUCACAUGAAGACGAUUGAUGUUGGCUGGGGUUCCCCUGAAUUCCAUAAGAUGGGAAGAGAGAAAGUGUUUCUGAUAAACUCUCUCUUGCCCUUUGGGUAUGAACUGCUGGUCUGCGACACUGACAUGGUUUGGUUGAAGGUAUAGUCCAACAUAACUGCUUCAUUUAGUCAGUGCAAUUUAGCACCAUUUACCUCUAGUAAAUGUUAGAACCCCUCUUGAAAUAGAUUGUCUUUUACCCAAAAGGAUGGAAUUCUAAUGUGAUCGAAUGCUUAAAUCCUGGAUUUAACAUUGCAACUUUUCCCUCUGGUCUCAUAUUCUGUAAUAGGUAAUAUACAGAAACUCUUUUUUAAAUCUGACAUGUUCUUAUACGCAUGAGAUUUGAGUUAAUAAGUGGGUCAGAGCUCAAUGAACCUCUUCAUUUAUUUUUUCCAAACAAAACUGAUUAAACUCUUGAAGUUUCAAUAUUGAUUGAUUUCCCGUGAGCGGGUCAAUGACUGCCAUUGCAUCAUCUAUGCACUAAGGAGCCAAAAUGGAGAAAACCAUCUGCGUGUUGGUCAAUAGAAUCUCCUCAUCUGGAAGCCUAAGCCUCUGAGCCUCAAACCAAUUGUUGCUGCAAUUUAUUAGCUUUUCUGUCUCAUGGUAAAAUAGCUUUUUCCAAGUAAUUAUUCCACAUUGCGGGUUGGGAUUGUGCUCUACUGGCGGCAGCAGCGUCCACAUUUAGUUUUUUAUUUUGGGAAGUUCAUCAAGUCUCGACAUUCUCUCUUGUUACUGUAUUUAAAUCAUUAUAUUUGUGUCAAUGAUUGACCCUCUAUCGAGUCUUUUUCCUCUCUUCCUACUCAAACUUUGAUUCCUUUUCUCUUUUUUUUUUUUCUUUCAAAAUUUGAGCAGAAUCCGCUCCCAUAUCUUGCUCGUUUCCCCGAAGCAGAUAUCCUUACUUCAUCAGAUGAACUAGUACCAAGCGUCACUGAUGACAGUUUGGAUGAUUGGACGCAUGGUGAAUGACUGGACCGAUUCUUUGCCUUCUGCUCUUAUUUCUGCCUUUUUUGCUGACCGUAAUCCUCUGUAUCUUGACAGUUAAUGGUGCUUUCAACAUUGGAAUCUUCCAUUGGCGUCCCACUGAUUCUGCAAUGAAGCUGGCCAAGGAGUGGAAGGAUCUCCUCCUUGCUAAUGAUAAAAUAUGGGACCAGAACGGCUUUAAUGAACUCGUUCGUAAAGUCUAUGGUCCUGGUGUCAAAGGGAAAAAGGACCUUGUUUACACAUUUGAUGGCAAGCUCAAACUGGGGGUCCUCCCAGCGAGCAUAUUUUGCAGUGGACACACAUAUUUCGUUCAGGUAGCAUCUUAGUUUUCCCCUUCCUAGGAAUCCGCGUUCAGAUAGAAUGUUUCUCUUCACCAUCCGGAAUAAUAAAAUCUAAAUGCAUCACCUAGGGAUUAUAUGGCUGUUCAUUGUGGGAAUGACAAAGUUAUCUGGUGCAUUGUAUUUGUCAUUUUCUAUCUUAAGAGAUCCACUUAUUCGAACACAUUUGAAAUGGUUCUAUGCCAUGCACGUUGACUCCAUGAACAGGCACAAUAUCAGCAGCUCCGACUGCAACCCUAUGCAGUCCAUACCACGUUUCAGUUUGGUGGGACAGGAGGGAAGCGCCACCGAUUACGUGAAGCCAUGCUCUUCUAUGAUCCGCCAGAAUACUAUGAUACUCCAGGUGACGUUUUCUGUAACCAGUGAUGUUCAAACGCUACUCUUCGAGGCUUGCAGCGUAUAUUCUGUCACGGAUUUCUGUGUCGACAUGUUUUACCACGUAGUUGUCAUUAGAAGUCAGUCUCUUCCCAGACCAACCCAAAAAUAAAAUAAUUGGAGCUGGAAGCUUGAGGCGGAGUAAAUGGAAUGCUGUGCCUGCUUAUGAAAGCAGCCUUCCUCUGCUUAGAUAAGAUCACUGCUGUCAUCUAUGUUUUCCAAAGAACAUGGGUUGGUCACUAUUAUUUUUUCUUAUUUUCCAUGGCCAUGUUUCGGUAGCUCCAUAUACUGAUGUGAAUUGCGAAAGAGGAAUCUAUGCUGUGUCAAUAUUAAACUUUAGUUUUUGGAUUCAGACAUAGCAUUCAACUAUAAUGAAAAUAGCAUUCGGGUUAUUAGUUAGAUCAUUUAUUGACAUCAAUUUCUGCCCAUUUACAUUCCUGCCUUCCACUAGUGGUACUUUGUUAUGAUUCAUAUUGGGCUUGAUUGUUCUAUUUUUUGCUUUCUGAAAGUGAACUCUUGCUUCAGCUCUACCAGCUCACUAGUAUCUUGGUCUGUGCCAUAUUGUGUUUUGACGUAAAUUACCAUAUUCCUCAAGCCUACUCAACAAAGACAAUAUGCUUGCACGACCGUUCUUUAGCUCCACUGGAUCCAUUAAAGGAAAAAGAAAUACUUCAUCUCUGAAACAUGCAGAUCAGAUUUACAGAUACCCUCGAAAGUUAUAAGAUUCAAGAAUCUUUGUGAUAGUGAAGAAUAUCUUCUGUUGUUUUCAUUUUUUCGCUUGUGGAUCCAUUAAAUCGUCUUAACUACUCUUCUCUUAGACUUUCCUAUGAUCACUAGAAUAUUCAUAUUCUGUACCAAAAACAUCUUACGAUUUGUUUAAAUUUUAACUGCUGCUAUCUCUCUAGACACGGUGUUACAGAGGAUUUUUCAUGAUAUCCAGUUUCUAGUUGGUCACCUACGCGAAAGUCGGACUUCCUUAGCCCAUGAGAAAACAGCUGCUGAAUUCUUUGUACUUCUGCUAGAUCACUCUUUCCUUGAUUGGGUGCGAAGCUUUUACAGUAUAUUAUCGAAGUUGGAUUGCUGAUUUUGCUUAAGCAUGUGUCUCAGGAGGCUUCUUGUCAUUUAAACCACGCAUACCGAAGAGCCUGCUACUGGAUGGACCACACACGAUUCAGUCUCAUUUCUCUUUAGUUAAUUACCAGGUUUGCACGAUUCUGACCUCAGUGUUUCAUACUAGAGACGUGCUUCAAUAUCAUGAAGUUUUGAUGUUUCGUGAUCGUCUCUGAUAAUGGAUAUGAGAACAAUGCAUUCCUUUUAAAAUUUUCAGAUGAAGCAAAUAAGGACUGCACUUGCUAUUGCGUCACUGCUGAAGCGGACACUGGUGAGUCCUGAUCUUGGAUUGGGGAUACUGUGGUGCUAAAUAUGGUUAUCUUAUCAACAACAAUUUUCUACAAUAUCAAUUGGUAUCCCAUUUUUUAAUGUCUUUGUUGCGUGAGUGACUCAUGCAAGGAUGCAGAGAAAAAAAAAAAACUGUGCGCGUGUGAUUCUGUGGCAUACAAAUUUGAAUGAACUUGUAUGAAUAGUUUUUUUAUGUUUUGAUGUCACAACAUCUCCGUGAAUCUUGGUUCCAAUGUGUGCAUUGAUUCAUUAGAAGCGUAGUUUGUUGGGUUAGGGCCAGGGCUAGUGCAAGGAUUUGUGAGGUAGUAUUACUCAUUUUGUAAGUUGCAAAUGCUUUGAUGCCCCUGAGGAGAGUGCACCUGCUACGAUUGUGCAUGCUAUGGGAGGAGUUGGCGAAUGAUUUCUGACGUUUCGUGUGAAAGUCACAGCAGAAAGAUGAUGCAAUAAGUUUCUCUUCUUCACCCGGUUAACCAUAAUGACGCCAUCUGUUAUCAGGGGGAUGUGCCUUGUGUACAUAUCAUGACGCUUGCUUGUAAUCAUCUGCAGGUGAUGCCUCCACUGUGGUGCAGACUGGAUAGAAUAUGGUUUGGACAUCCUGGAGUUCUGCCGGGGACUUUGACCCGGCAGCCCUUCCUCUGCCCUUUGGAUCACGUGUUUGAGGUAUUUCCAUCUCUGAACCGUCCAUCCAGUAAUUUUCCCUUCGUACGUGGGAGGAGAAUGAUGUCUUGUCGAGUAGAUGGAAAGCUCCUCCAUUGUUUGGCCAUUGUUGAGUGUGCAUAAUUUUUUAAUGGGGGACUUAAUCUAUAUGCAUUAUUAUUAUAGUUUCGACACUGAAGGGGCAACCACGCUGGUGAUCACUUGUGGAAACCAUGCUCAGAAUUCUAUCAAAAUUCUAAAUUAUAAUCUAUCAAAACCAUGUCCACUUACUGUCGGAGUAUUAUUUUUAAUUGCCUCUUACUGUUCUAUGGUUGGGAACGCGGUUCUUCUAUUCAGACUAGUUGACAGGGUUGGCCGUCUUUCUUUCUUUCUGAUCGGAAGGAGAAAACGCAACAGGUCUGCUACUAAAAGAGAAGUCAGAUUAAGAUUACUACUCAAUAGUUUUCCCUUGUUUCGAACUUCCUACUGUGAAUGAGAUCCUCUCUACUGGUUUUAGCACAACUACUGUCAAAAGUACAUGACACGAAGCUUUCUUCCAGCUCAGUAAAUCUUCUGCAGCAUUCAGCUGUUGGAGUGCCGAGGAAGAAUCCUCGGAUGCUAGAAAGACCCAAUCAUUGCGAACUAGCCCCAGACGUUCUUUACAGAAGAGGGCGGGGGUAUGUAUUAUAGAGGGCGAUGGCAUUUUAAAAGAGGUUUAGUGUGUUAACAAAGCUUCCCUUAAAAUGAUAAAUAGAUGCCUUCGCGGACGUAAAUUAGGUCCCGCAUAGUAGAGCGGGAUUUUUACGCACCUUACGAUGAUUGGAUCCACAGGUUAACGGGAUGAUCUACGUUAAGCCAAAUCCGACCUUUGACUUAAUCGUAGCUGACUGUUUUUCCCAUGCAACUGAAAAGUUGAACGGAUGCGUUUUAGCCCUUCUUCACUCGUCACCUCUCACUUUCGAACUAUUUUUGAAUUUAUGGAUUUCUCGGAAUUAGGCUGAUUUGGAGUUUCAUUGCCCACCAGUUCUCCUUAUGAAGCUAUAUUUGUUACCCAGGUGAAUACCAUGCUGGAGAAUUCAUCAGAAGAAGAUUUUGGCCCAGGCAUUGAUUUUAGGGAGUAUUCCUUCUUUGACAAUCCAAUGUUGCCCGAGGGGGUAGGUACCCUGACCCCCCCUCUCCUUCUUCCUCCUCGAAGCGAGAAGGGAAGUCUCCUCCAAUUCAGAGCAUACUAACAGUGACUAUUACAGGUAAAAUCCUCAUGGUUGGAGGUUAAACUUCGUGAAGAAGAGGGAUCUAGGAACUGCAGUGCAGGGAACCAAUGCAAACCUGGGGUGGUCAGUUUGCCCAAGAACAGCAGUGAAGAAAUGGUAUUAAUUCUUGUCUCAAUCCCUCCCUCUAGCCGUUAAAUUGCUGUUUCUCUGUUUUCGCCCGAAAACGAUCCAGGCUUUGCCAUCCAAGAAAGCUCACAGUGAUUCACAUCAACUGCUAUCGUCUGUUGAAUUGCACGUUUUACUGCAGUUAUUUUAUCUUGAGAACGGCACUUCAGCUGAACCAGGGAGGCAGCUGAAAGAUGAUGAUGAUGAUGAUGAUGAUGAUGCCACGAUAUGAUUAACUUAGAGUUUCACAUAGACCGUGGACCUGCGUUCAUAUAGCUCGAUAAAUUAUAGUGAUUUCAAGAUUCCUCGUGCUCUUGGUCUUGCUCAGAGGCUUCCUAAACCUGUGGCUGGUUUCAUUUCAGCUGGUGCAGCUGUUGUCUCCCCACAGCGGCGUGAAAGUCAUCGAAUUCUCCUCCAUGCAAGACGCAUUUCGAGGUUUUUCCUCCGAGGCAAGAUCUCUCCCCCCAAUACAUGGUCGCGCAAUCCACGCGAGGGAUCCUCCCCCCACCGUCGGCUAAGUCUCUCGUUUGGUGCUCCUCUGGAAAACCAACCAUUAGGUGCGGGAGCGGAGAUUCAGAAAGCGCGUGAAGAGGUACGUUGGAAUCUGGUGCUGUCGGGAGAAUCUGAAAGUUGGCCACAUAUUCUACGACAUGUACUGGGACGAGAAGCCCGGCUGGAAGCCAGAGCCGCCCAGAACCGAGGAGGACCACCCACCAUGA